GAGGUGAAUCACCUCACUACAACUGGACAUUCCCGGGGAGAGUUCCUGUGCAAAGACUGCCCCAGGUUCCUGAGAGGAAGAAGAGGAAAACCCAGAAACUAAGGCCACCACCACCCAGCCUGAGGUCCCAAGAAUUCCAGAUCCAGGCCCAGAAACAUCUCAACCAGGAGCAGGGACAUGGACCACAGUGUGGAGGGAGCUGCAGUCAGUCCUGAGGUGCCCCAGGAACUUCUGGAAGAAAUGAUUUGGGUUUUUCGUGUAGAAGAUGCGGCUCCUUGGAAUUAUUCCAUCCUGGUUCUGGCAAUCCUGGUGGCAGCGAUAAGCAUGUUCCUCCUGAGACGGAGCAUCCUGGCAAACAGAAACCGCAAGAAGCAGUCACAAGACAAAGAAACACCAGAAACACUGCACCUGGACGAUUCCAGAAUGAAAGAAAACAGCAGCCUGAGCCGUCUAAAAGAGACACUGAUCUCAGAGAAGCCAGACUUGCCGCACCUGGGGGAAACUGAGCUGAAUGAGAAAGAUGCAGCGCAGGUCUUCUUUCUACCCGACCCACGGGAAACUGAGAGCUAGGGGGCGCUGAGAAAACACACUACCCCAGCCAGAA